AUGACCGUCAUAAAUAAAAUGGUACGCCCAAAAGAUGUCCAGGAUGACGGCGACUACGUCCCAAUCUCGCCAACACCAAAGAAGGGGUUUUCAAUCCAGCUUCGAUUUCGAAGCUAUCUUAAAUGGCAUCAUGGAGAUGCGGCGCGGGUUAUUCCGAGAUUGCGAGAAAAUUCAUACUUAAAGAUCGAUGCAUAUUACGAGGUGCCGAUACAAACGUUAGUCGAAGCAACAGACGAUUUCGGCAAUCAGUUCAUGAUAUGGUCUAAACAUCGAGGGGGUUUGGGAGAGCUUCGAGACUACGUCCGACGUCGUGAUUUGAUUCGCGAGAGAAGUCAUCUAAUUGACGAGAAGCAUACCUGA